CCCGCCGCGUGGAACCCCUGCUGGCCGCGCUGGUGGACAAGGGAGGCGUCAGCGGCUCCAUGAGCGGGCUGGCGUACCAGCUGCCCCUGCCAGAGGUGCAGAGCUGCAUCUCCGCCCUCGCGGCCAGCGGCCCGCGCCGCCGUGGCCUGUGGCCCGAGCCCGCGCGGCGUCGGCAGACCGAGCCGGCGCAGGCCGCGCCCCUGGUUGACUUUGUGGACGAAGGAGCGGCUCGCCUGGUGGCUGUCUGCCAGACGCUGCAGCUUGCGGACCUGCUCGAGCUGCGGUCGGCGCUGCGACGCUGCGGCGCCGAGCGCAAGGAGAUCCUGGUCGAGCUGCGGAGGCCGCCUUCCGCCGCCGCCACCGUCGACGGCUCGUAG